CCAAAAUAAAGCAUCAAAACAAAAAUUUUGUUUAUUUUUGCGUUUUUUGUGUUAAAAAUUGAAUUUUAAUUGGGAAUUUCGCUUUUAAACUUUGGAAAAAUUUGUAAUCGAUAUCGUACAAGUGCAGAUUUCACAAAAUGAUGCACCGCAGACAUGGAGGGAAAAGAAUCCGAAUGGAUGAUGAGCCGCCGCCAGAAAUACAAGAACAUCUCGCCGAAAUUGGUGUUGCGGACGAUCACGAUGAAGAAAUGGGCGAAAGUAGCGGCGGCGUUGGCGGUCCCAAAAGGAUGACUCGUUUAAGAGCGCGAGGCGGAGUCCCUUUGAAAGCUCCAAUUAUCGACGAUGAUGACGACGAUAUUUUUUUCGGGUCGCACAAACGAGUUGCGAUUCCAAAGACGCCCAAACAACCAAAAACGCCGAAACAACCGCGAGCUCCUCGUGCUCCGCGAGAACCAAGAGCGCCGCGUGCCGAACGCGAAGAACGUGAACCCGCAACAGCCACGGACAAAGAACGCGAAAUCACAACAGAUGAAAGUAGUUUAUUUUACAUCAUUCGUCAUUCGAAGUCGAGCAUCUCGUCAAUUGUUGAUGACUGGAUUGACACGUACAAAGGAGAUCGUGACACCGCUCUAAAUGCUCUCAUGCAAUUUUUUAUCAACGCAAGCGGAUGUAAGGGUAAAAUUACGCCCGAGAUGCAAGCGUCGAUGGAACACACAGCGAUCAUUCGGAAAAUGACGGAAGAAUUUGACGAGGAAAGUGGCGAAUAUCCGCUCAUCAUGACGGGCAUUUGGAAGAAGUUUAAGACAAAUUUUUGCGAUUUUGUUCAGAAUCUCGUACGAAAAUGCCAGAAUGAGAUAAUUUACGAUCAGUUUUUGAUGGAUAAUGUCAUUUCGUUGCUUACGGGAUUGUCGGAUUCGCAAGUUAGAGCUUUUCGGCACACAGCAACGUUGGCAGCGAUGAAACUCAUGACGGCUCUUGUCGAUGUCGCGUUAAUGGUUUCCAUUCAUUUUGAUAAUGCAUCGCGGCAAUAUGAAGCUGAACGAUCAAAAGGUCGCAACGAACGAGCAUCCGAUCGUCUCGAAUCUCUCAUGCAACGUCGCAGCGAACUCGAAGAAAAUAUGGAUGAAAUCAAGAACAUGUUGACUUACAUGUUCAAAUCUGUCUUUGUUCAUCGUUAUCGUGACACCUUGCCAGACAUUCGGGCAAUUUGUAUGAGCGAAAUCGGAAUUUGGAUGGAAAAAUUUUCACAAAACUUUUUGGAUGACUCGUACUUGAAGUACAUUGGAUGGACUUUGCACGACAAAGUUGGCGAUGUUCGUCUCAGAUGCUUGCAAGCUCUUCUUCCGUUGUACGAAAAUGAACAAUUAAAGGGAAAAUUGGAACUUUUCACGUCGAAAUUCAAAGAUCGCAUUGUUGCGAUGACAUUGGACAAAGAAUUCGAAGUUGCUGUUCAUGCAGUGAAAUUGGUACUGAAUAUCCUCAAAAUACAUCAAGAUAUUUUAACGGAUAAGGAUUGCGAAAUUGUUUAUGAGUUGGUUUACUCGUCGCAUCGCGGAGUGGCUCAAGCAGCUGCGGAGUUUUUAAAUUAUCGACUUUUUGCGUUGGAUCCGGAUGCUCCUGAAGUUUACACCCGCCGUGGCAAAAAACGUUUGCCAAACACCCCCCUCAUCCGAGAUCUCGUUCAAUUUUUCAUCGAAUCCGAGUUACACGAGCACGGCGCCUACUUAGUCGACUCUUUCAUGGACAGCAACCCCAUGAUAAAAGAUUGGGAAUGCAUGACUGACUUACUUUUGGAAGAACCGGGCCCAUCCGAAGAGCCCUUGGAUGACAAACAGGAAUCAUCUCUCAUUGAAAUCAUGGUCAGCGCCAUCCGUCAAUGCGCCAAAGGCGAACCGCCGGUCGGUCGAGGCAGCGGACGCAAAAUCGCGAUGAACACAAAAGACAUGAAGCAAGUCCAAGACGACAAACAAAAAUUAACGGAACAUUUCAUCCAAUAUUUACCGAGUUUAUUGGAGAAAUACAUCGCCGACGUCGACAAACUGACAAAUUUGAUCGCAAUUCCGCAGUAUUUUGAUCUCGAAAUUUACACAACCACCCGACAAACGUCAAAACUUCAAGAAUUACUCGAGAAAAUCAGUCAGGCGAUGCAACGACAUCACGCCACGGAAGUUUUGGAGACUUGUGCAAAGACUUUGGGGUAUUUAUGCACUGAGGGAACAGGAAUUGCGACGAUUUGCGACGUGGCGCGUUCGAAUUUGAUCGAUACGUGUGUCAACAAGUACAAGGAAUCGAUCGACGAUUGGCGUAACUUGAUCGAAGGCGAAGAAAUUCCGGAUGAAGAGGAAAAAUACAAUGUUGUCAUCAGUUUGAAACGCGUUGCAAUCCUUUUUGCGGCACACGACAUCAACGCAUGGAACUUAUUUCCAUCACUUUUCCAAGAUAUCGAGGAUAGUCAAGGAAAUUUCUCGCCAGAUCGACAAUUUCCCGAAGAAGCGUUGUGUUAUUGCAUCAAAGCGUGCUUCUUCAGCAUCAAUUGGGCUCUUUAUUACAUCGAAAAUUCGUGCGAUACUGCUUCAGCUCCCGGUUUCGUCAGUCAACUGUACGAAAUGCUCCACAAAUAUGUCGACAUGUGCAACAAAUUGAUGACUUCCGACGACACAGGCACUCCGGUGAAGGAAGAAGCGUACAUCUCAAUUUGCGAUUUGUUGAUUGUCUUCUCGGAGCAACUUGUGACCCAUGGAAACGAACAAAUUCGUAGUUUAGUAUUUAAACCGGACGAACAUCAAUACGGGAUUUUGAAUAGUUUUGUGCAGGAACAAGUAUUCGGCGUGCAACAAGAAGAAGGUCACGACGAAACGAAAAUCGAAGAACUUCACAAAAAACGCAACUUUUUAGCGAGUUACUGCAAACUCGUCAUUUACAACAUCGUUCCAACAAGCGCUGCUGCCGACAUUUUGAAACAUUAUGUGCGUUUUUACAACGAUUAUGGCGACAUCAUCAAAACUACGCUCGGCAAGGCGCGCGAAAUCAACAAAAUUAAUUGCGCUCUCACGAUUUGCCUGACUCUGGUGAACGUUUUUAAGGAAAUUCAAGUUAUGACAGGGUCCAAUCGCAUCUCCAAAAACUGUCAAGAGUUCCAGGACAUGAAAGAAUUGGCAAAACGCUUUGCUCUGUCCUUCGGUUUGGAUCAAAUCAAAAAUCGAGAAGCUAUUGCCUCGUUACAUCGCGCGGGAAUUCUCUUCGCCGUGACUUAUCCGCAAGAACAAUACGAAGAUCCGUCGUCGCCGCCGCCCUGUUUACUCUUUUUGGAGAUCCUGAAUGAAUUUACGAACAAAUUGCUCCGGCAAGACAAAAAAGUUAUCCUGAAUUUCUUGGAUCGUCAAACGGGAGGCGGUAUUCCGUCGAGUAAGAGCGAAGAUUGGUCGCCGCUUGUUCAGUAUCGCAGCGCGUUGGUGCAUGGCGAAGAAGGUACCACAGCUCCGUCGUCGGCGAAGAAAAAUUACUCGAAACGUAAGCGCGAUGAGCACUCGGAGGACGAGGAAAUGCAAGAUAUGGACCACGAUAUGGACACGUUGCAGUAAAUUUAAAGAGUAUUAAAUAAUUUUAGAGUAGAAACACAUUCGAUAAGUACCUAAUAAUAAUAUUUCAGUGUAAUAAAAUAUAAGGAGUGUC